AAUAAUAAUAAAAAAUUAUUGAUAAAAUAAUUAAUUUAAUUUAUAAUAAAUGAAGUUAUUACAUUUAGCAUUUAUUAUUGCUUUAGCAUCUGGAUUUGUAGCUAUUGUUAUCUACAUCACCGGCGUAUCUAAUCUCAACGGACCAUUUAAUAUUACAGACGAAGAAAUCGAAGCAUUGCAAUCGUUGCAGACUGGUUUUCAAAAGUGUGUGAGGGCCAAUGGAUUAGGGCUGCAAGCUUUCAGUGGCAGAGACUAUUGCACAGUUACUCUACAGUUUCCCAGUGACACAAUCCCUAAAUGGAAAGACCCCAAAACUGGAAAUCUAGAGGGCUUAUCCUUUGAAUUUAACCUGUGUGAAGCAGUUGCCACAUGGGAGCAGGUUCGUAACAGUACCACCAUUCUUACGAAGGAGUUCAUCGAUGCUUUGCCUGAUGGAUGGAAAGAUUAUGCAUGGCGGAGAAUUAAUAAAGGAAUACAACUCAACAACUGUGCGAAUAAAACUCUCUGCAUGGAGAAACUUUCUCUGGUACUACCUGAAACGCCACCGUAUGUUCCACGUCAAUAUGGUCGUUGUGCAGUUAUUGGUAACUCAGGAGAUCUGUUAAAGACAAAGUUUGGCGAGGAAAUUGAUAAUUAUGAUGCCGUUUUAAGGGAAAACGGUGCACCUAUCCAGAAUUACACGGAUCAUGUGGGUAAAAAAAGUACAUUUCGCCUACUGAACAGGGGUUCUGCUAAAGCUCUGGAUAAAGUUGCUGAGCUAUAUGAAACUGGAAAAGAGGUGCUGCUCGUCAAAACUACAAUCCAUGACAUCAUGAACAAAAUGAUUCGGGAAGUUCCAAUUCUCAAUCCCAUAUAUCUCAUGUUAGGUGCAUCUUUUGGAUCAGCAGCAAAAGGAACCGGUCUCAAGGCUCUGGAGUUUGCUCUGUCAAUAUGUGAUACGGUUGACAUGUAUGGAUUCACCGUAGAUCCAGGCUAUAAAGAAUGGACAAGAUAUUUCUCAGAGUCUCGACAAGGCCAUACCCCAUUGCAUGGUAGGGCUUACUACCAGAUGAUGGAGUGUUUAGGACUUAUAAAAAUUCAUUCUCCAAUGCGUGCUGACCCAAACCGUGUUGUAAAAUGGGUACCUAGCCAUAACACUAUCACUGCUGCUAGACUUGCAUCAGAGAAAAUUCUGAGGUGGGUUGCAGCCGGGUCUGAUGACCCUCUAGCAUCUUGUUCCAUCAUCAAGAAGAAACUUCAUAAAAGCCAAUAUUCAGGCCUCAGAAAGGCUGCUUUAGAUCAUCAAAGAUAUGUGAAAGAAACGACAAUGUACCCUUUGGAGCAUAGUGUUGGACAUAGUCAACUUUGCACCGUGUCAAAUAGCUGAAGUAGCACCAAUCAAAUACGUGACCACCUCUACUAGAAUGAAUGCUGAACGCUGCCUCAUAUUUAAUGAGUAUAUACACAGGCUUAUAAAAUCUUAUUCUUUUUAAUUAUUGUACACCAUUUUCCAGGUUGGUGGUUUCUAAACACACCGUAGGCAGUUUCAGCUUCAUUGUAACACUUGUAACAUGUGUUGAUUAUCAAUCGGUCUUCUUUGUAUGGAAUCCAAACAGUCAAAGGAGAGGACGGACCACAUUGUUUUUGCAAUAGCAUUUAUGUAUUUGUUUGGUCA